AUGGUGAAUGGAACGAUGAUAGAUGAUUUGUUCCUUCGUUCCACGUUUGCUCGUGGCAUCGCUGGAUUUUUCACUUGGGCAGCUCUUAUCAUUACUUCUUAUCAGAUCUACCAACAUUUACGAUGGUAUACUUGCCCAGUUGAACAGCGAUGGAUUGUGCGUAUUUUAUUUAUUGUACCUAUGUAUUCAUUAGAUUCGUGGCUGAGUCUACUUUUUCUUUCUAACAACGUAUAUGUCUAUUUCAAUGCCAUUCGCGAUUGUUAUGAAGCGUUCGUUAUAUACAGUUUCUUGAGUUUAUGCUAUGAAUAUCUUGGUGGUGAAAGUAACAUAAUGGCUGAAAUAAGAGGGAAACCGAUUCGGCCAACUACUUACUACACAUGUACAUGUUGUUUAGCGGGCAAGCAAUAUACAAUUGAAUUCUUGCGCUUUUGCAAGCAGGCAACACUCCAGUUUUGUAUUAUCAAGCCAUUGAUGGCUACACUUACCGUUAUUCUAAUGAUUCUAGGGAAAUACGAAGAUGGAAACUGGAGUGGUGAUCAAGGCUAUCUUUAUAUAACUAUUGUGUACAACGUCUCUGUCUCUUUGGCUCUUUACGGUCUAUUUUUAUUCUAUACAGCUACACGUGACUUGCUUUCACCAUACCGACCUGUUUUAAAGUUUCUCACUGUUAAAUCAGUUAUUUUUCUCUCUUUCUGGCAAGGUUUCUUGCUUGCUGUUCUUGGUUCUACUUCGGCUAUUGAUCCAAUUUACGAUGCGAAAGGUUAUGAGGUUAUAUCCCGUGGCACUGUUGCUGCGGCUUGGCAAAAUUUUUUUAUUUGUGUUGAAAUGUUUUUCGCAGCGGUGGCCUUAAGAUAUGCUUUUAGCAUUAGUGCAUACAUCGACCCUAACACAGUGCUGAAUGGUGGUGUUGGUGGGCGACCGGUCACUCUGCAAAGUAUUAGCAGCUCGCUGAAAGAAACAAUGAAUCCUAAGGAUAUUAUGCAGGAUGCAAUCCAUAACUUCCAUCCACAAUACCAGCAGUAUACACAGCAUUCAAAUCCGACUCGAUCGGGAACUGUUGAAAUAGUGCCAGGAGAUGGACGGCGUUUGGCCGCUUCGUCAAGCGGCCAAAUGGGAGGAGGUUAUUCAAGCAUGGCGCACACUGGUGCUAACGGAGUAAGUACUCCAACUACACCGCCAAAUGCCAGUGAAUGGUAA